UCAACCUCGGGAAAGUGGGCGUCCUUUUCUGUGAUAUAUCCUGCUUAAAGAGGGGAUAGGUAAGACGGAGACAAGGGCAUUCGGCUUCCUCGUGGGGGUUUCCCCAACAGUUGGAACUCGUUAAUGCUUGACCGAGAGUUUCGCCGAAAGUGCUCGGUAAGUCGGUGGGGGUGUGGUACGUACCUAAGAUAAGCAACUUAGGUAUCUAAGGUACCUUACCUUAGGUAAGGUAGGUAUCUUUACCUGGUACUUGGUAAGUACGACGCGACGUCCUCUAUUCACCCAGACUGUCCUACGGAAUUCCAUCCAACCGUUCCUCAUACAAACAAUACUGUCAAUAUGCCACCAGACGCGCAAAUAGUAGACGACGAGGAGGCCGAGGAGUACGAGUCUUCUCAAGACUCCGACUUUAACCCCGAAGCCAACGACGCGACCAACCGCCCCUCAGACCAGGCCUCCUCCGAUUCCGACUCCGACUCGAGCGACGACCAAGCCUCGUCUUCUCGCAAUAAGAGAAAGCGCCCGUCAAAAGUUGGCCCAACUGAAGACGCCGGUUUCGAGAAUUCUGGCGACGAAGCCAUCAUCAGCAAGGCGAAAAGAAAGAAGAGGAAGAAGAACAAGAGCAGCACACAAGAUGACAAUGGAUUGCAAGUUGGGGAAGACGACGAUGAGGGUGGCGAAGGGGGGUUGAUAAAGACAAGAAGCAUGAGAGCACAAGGGAAGGAAGAGAGGAAAGCCGCGGCCAUCACCGGCCCCGUCACCAUCGACGUAGACUCGCUCUGGGCGCAGAUGAUCGCUGGCGCAACUCCAGCCAUACAACCACCAGCGACAUCAUCAACAGGAGCAGCAGCACCGACCUCGCAAGACGGGGAGACGAUGGACGUAGGCGCAGCCGCACCACAAGCCGCCGCCCUUCCCCGUCCCACCCCCCUCGAGAACGACGGCGACCCCCCAUCCAUGAUCCGAAUCAAGCGAACCUACAACUUCGCAGGCAAAGUGCACACCGAAGUCAAGCUCGUCCCGCGGGACUCGGCCGAAGCCAAGCUCUACCUCGCCUCCCAAAAGGACGCCGCCGCCGAGACCGCAGAAGACGACGACACGGCCGCCCCUCCGCAACGCACCCUGAAAAAGGCAUUCCGCUCCGCCUUCGAACCCGUCCUGGAACAGACCGCCGCCGCUUCUUCCGCCCGCUCCGACCUCAACUUGGGCGUCAGCGAGCGCAUGAAGGCCCGCGAGGACGCCGUGCGCGCCAAGAAGCUCAACACCGUGGAGAAGAGCCGCAUGGACUGGGCCGGCUAUGUGGACCGCGAGGGGCUCAAGGACGAACUCGAGCUCGCGGGAAGGUCCAAGGGGUCGUAUGCCGAGCGGCAAGAUUUCCUUUCGCGGAGCGAGGCGAGGCGUGAGGAGGGGGCUUGGAAGGCGAGGGUGGCCGGAAAGAUCUGAGGAGAGGCGAAACUGCCAUGCUGGUGCUGGUGCUUCCCUGGGCUUGUUGUAUUAUUAUGCAUGCACCGGCUAAUGGUUCUGCGACGUUGAUAUGACUGACUCUUUGGUUUAUGGAUAGGAUGGAAAGGAAUGAUACCCAUACCCCCCCAAAUAAUUAUCCCACUUCAGACGAUGGAAUGAUGAAUCCAAUAGCCCGUAAAAGCGUCGCAACACAGCAAUAUAGGGCCACAUGAGACAGAUGUAUUGGAUACUACCUUACGCCCAAC